AUGGAUCUUGUUAACCACCUAGAAGGCCGACUUUUGUUUGCCGUCCCAAAAAAGGGCAGACUCAAUGCCGCUACCCUGAACCUGCUUGAAGGUGCCGACAUCCAGUUCCGUCGCGAGAAUCGACUUGACAUUGCGCUCGUCAAGAAUCUCCAUAUUGCGCUGAUAUUUCUCCCCGCUGCCGAUAUCCCAACCUUUGUAGGCCAGGGACGAGUCGACCUCGGCAUCACUGGUUGGGAUCAAGUCAAGGAAUAUGCUGCCGGCGUGAAAACCCACACGCCUACCACGGAUAACGGUGCCGGAUGCGAGACGGUAAUGGACCUGGGGUUCGGUGCUUGCCAGCUCCAAGUCCAAGUUCCCGAACGGGGCAAAUACAUCUCGACAGCGGAUUUGGUCGGCCUCACCAUCGGUACUAGUUUCCCCAAUCUGACGGCUGCACACUUUGCCAAGAUCGAGGCUGGACUCGACCCCUCGUCGGUCGAGCAAACACCUGCGCAGCCUUUGCGUACCAACAUCAUUGAGCUAAGUGGCAGUGUUGAGGCUGCUUGCGCCCUUAAUGUUGCUGAGGGUAUUGUUGAUCUAGUGGAAUCUGGGGAAACAAUGCGCGCCGCUGGGCUGAAAGCCAUCGAUACUGUAGUCGAGUCCAGUGCCAUCUUGAUCAAGUCAACGAAGCCAUCCAACGCCGAGUUGGUCGAGCUUAUUGCCUCUCGGAUCCGCGGUGUCAUCACAGCGCAGAAGUUUGUGCUAUGUCAAUACAACGUUGAACGCUCUAAGCUUGUCGAAGCGACCAAGAUUACCCCUGGCAAGCGCGCUGCCACCAUCACGCAGCUUGACGCUGAAGGUUGGGUCGCUGUUAGCUCCAUGGUCGAGAAAAAAAAGAUUGCUCUGGUUAUGGACGAAUUAACGCGUGUAGGAGCCCAGGAUAUUCUCGUUCUCGACAUACACAACACUCGAUAG